AGAGCGGCACAGCGACCCACGAGAUCCGUCUUCCCCCGAGCGGCACGCGGGGCAGAGCAUCACAGGACCGGGAAGGAGGUGGGAACCUGUCGGCGCGGCGUGUUCGCGAACUCGCGUGCUGGGAGUGAGUGAGUGUUGCCGCUUGCCACCUGCCUGUGGCUGGACGACGAGGCCCCCCGGGUCCCCGCGGCUCCUCGGCAGCCGAGCUCGGGUGCGCCAUGGCCGGGCGGUCCCGGCGGCGCGGUGCGGCCCGGUGGGCGGCCGUGCAGGGCAGGGCGGGUCGCAGCGCGGCGGACGAGCCGGAGGACGGCGGGGGGCUGCCGCCCUCGCCGGGGGACUCGAGCUACUACCAAGAUGAGGUAGACGACUUCCACGAGGCACGGUCCCGGGCAGCCCUGGCCAAGGGCUGGAACGAAGCGGACAGCGGGGACGAGGAGAGCGAGGAGGAGGAGGUGCUGGCCCUGGAUGUGGAGGACGAUGAGGAAGGAGAGAGCUCGGGGGAGGAGGAGGAGGAGGAAGACGAUGAUGGUGGGAGCUCCGUGCAGAGCGAGGCCGAGGCCUCUGUGGACCCCACUCUGUCGUGGGGUCAGAGGAAGAAACUUUACUAUGACACGGAUUAUGGUACCAAGGCCCGGGGCCGGCGGAGCCAGCAAGAGGUAGAGGAGGAAGAGAAGGAGGAGGAGGAGGAGGCGCAGGUGAUUCAGCGGCGCCUCGCCCAAGCCCUGCAAGAGGAUGACUUUGGGGUCUCCUGGGUGGAAGCCUUUGCAAAACCAGUACCCCAGAAAGAGGAGGCUGCCACGCGGGUCACGAAGGACCUGGCCAAGGUGUCCGUGAAGGAGAAGCUCAAGAUGUUGCGCAAAGAGGCCCCCGAGCUCCUGGAGCUCAUCGAGGACCUCAAAGUCAAGCUGACGGAGGUCAAGGACGAGCUGGAGCCGCUGCUGCAGCUGGUGGACCGAGGCACCAUCCCGUCCGGGAAGGGAAGCCAGUACCUGCGGACCAAGUACAACCUCUACUUAAACUACUGCUCCAACAUCAGCUUUUACUUGAUCCUGAAAGCCAGGAGGGUCCCUGCGCACGGGCAUCCCGUCAUAGAAAGGCUAGCCACCUACCGCAACCUCAUCAACCAGCUGGCGGCCGUGGAUGAGAAGCUGUCCUCCGAAAUCCGUUACCUCCUCUCUCUCAAGGACGGACAGAGCCCAAGGGCCAAGCGGCCCGAGGUUAAACCCAGGCCUGGCCCAGGGAGCUCGGCCGCCGCCCCCUCUGCCCCAGACCUUUCUGACGACUCGGAGCUUGAUGAGGCUGCCCUGAACAAGUCCCAGGAGAAGGAAAACGGGCAACAGCUGAAGAGAAAGAAGGAAGACAGCGCCGAGGAAGCGGGCCCUGAGGAUCACAACGCCAAGAGAGCCAUUACCUACCAGAUCGCCAAAAACAGAGGACUGACCCCCAGGAGGAAGAAGAUCGACCGCAACCCGAGGGUGAAGCACCGGGAGAAGUUCCGCCGAGCCAAGAUCCGGCGGCGAGGCCAGGUGCGCGAGGUGCGCAAGGAGGAGCAGCGCUACAGCGGGGAGCUCUCCGGCAUCCGCGCGGGCGUGAAAAAGAGCAUUAAGCUUAAAUAAAGGCUCGCCUAGCUUCGUUGAGGUUUCUGGCAGUAACCUUAGAGCAAUAAAUUUUCAUUUUUGUGACUGAAGCGGCUGGUUCUGUUCACCUACUCAAUUUCAAGUUUUAAAAGUUUGUUGUCAACAGGGAGUUGGUUGCCUCGUGUUUUUUUUUCCUUUAUGUAACGCCUGUGGGAGUGGGGUCAAGGCGCCGGGAAGAGAUUGUGUUGAAAGUAUUCCCCAAUGUUUUGUCAACUAUUAGCCCAAGAAAAUGUUACAGCCGGUUGGGUAGUGUCAGUGGAAAGUAGACUUUUUUAUUUUUAUAACUUCCCAUGAUGAAAGCAUACAUGUGACAAUCGAAUUGCUUAAGAUUGCCUAUAAAGUAGUUUGACACGUAUUUCAUCUGCCUAGCUAUAUUACUUUGUGAAGUGGGCUUAAUGGUAAUAUGGAUUGUGUACAUUCUGUACAGAAAAUGUGUGCAAAUGAGGAGGAACUUUGGUGGAUAAAGGAAAAGAUAUGCCUUAAGUACUCCAAUUAUAUUUUCUAAUGACCCAUGAGUUGAAUAAGAUAAAAGUCCAUUUCUCCUAGUGA